AUGACCUAGCCUUGCUUCCUUUUUCCUUCGUGCUUCAGUGUAGAAGAAAGCAAUCCCUGCACUUCCACUUGGGCUUCAUUGGUAGGCAGCGCUCCACCUGCAGCUUCCAAGGCCUCUCUCUAUCUAGGGAGCUGCUCCCAGACACUUCCUGCUACUGGGCAGCUCCAGCAGCGAUCCGCCUCUCAGCAAGGCUGGGUUUCAAACAGGCAGAACCAGAUUCCCCAGUAGAAAGUAAUCAAUUUGCCUGUCUACUGCAGUUGCAGAAGUCAGCUUCUCUCUCACACCACUGCUCCUGAAGAUGAACCCUUGGACAAUUAUUUAAGAACCAGAAGCAGAAGGCAUGCAGAAAAUACUGAAUGGAAUGCCACUCAAGACUCAUUAUUUAAGCAAAUAUUCGAAACAAUGCUUUUCAGAUUAUACUGAAGCUUACCCUCAGGAGUUCCUCUAAAGGAUAAACGAGAAAGCCACCAGCACAAGAUUAAAAGUGAAACAAGAACAAAGAUACUGGAGUUAACUCCCUGUGUGGCAAGGGGGGGGGAAAAAAACAGAAAAAUCCAACGUGAACAUAAAAACCAUGAGAGACCGCCUCCAAGAGCUUAAACUGAGAGCUAGGGAACUACAGAUAGCUGGAGGAAACAACGGUGCAACUGUACAAGAGGAGGAGCAUGAGGAGUUUGAACAGCAGGCCAUUAUUUAUGAAAAAGAACCCAUAACUGAAAGGCACUUGCAUGAAAUCCAGAAGCUUCAGAAUGAAAUUAAUAAUUUGGUGGAGGAAGUUCAUAAAUUCAGUCAACAACAAAAAAGUCUACUAUCUUCAAUGCGAAGAUUCAGUGUUCUGAAAAAGGAAUCUAACAUAGCAAGAGAAAUAAAAAUUCAAGCAGAGCACAUACGAAAAAGUUUGGAUGAACUGUCAAAAACAGUGAAAAAAGCUGAAAAUGAACAUGGGCCAUCACGUGCCACAGUAAGAAUUCUAGCUUCCCAGCAUGCUUUCUUAUCCCAGCGUUACCUAAAUGCGAUGCUUUCAUACAACGAUGCUAUAAAUGCUAAGCAAGAGAAAUGCAGAAGAUUUAUUGUCCGUCAGCUUGAAGUAGCUGGUAAAGAGGUAUCUGAGGAAGAAGUCAACGACAUGCUCCAACAAGGAAAAUGGGAGAUUUUCAAUGAAAAUCUACUCACUGAAGUGAAAAUUACGAAAGCUCAGCUUUCAGAGAUUGAACAGAGACACAAAGAACUAGUCAAUCUGGAGAACCAGAUCAAAGACUUACAGGAACUUUUUAUCCAGAUAUCAGUUCUGGUGGAGGAGCAAGGGGGGAUGAUCAACAACAUUGAAAUCAGUAUGAACAACACUCAAGAAUACACUCAAGUAUCUAAAGAAAAAUUUGGGCUUGCAGUCAAGUAUCGCAAAAGAAACCCUUGCAAAGCAGUAUGCUGCUGGUGUUGUCCAUGCUGCAAAUGACAAAAGAAAUAAACUAUUAGAAAUACCAAUGGUUCCUACUUAGUAAUCUGAUCGUGUAAAGCAGUCUCGGGAUCCCUCAGUUGCUUCAUUUUUCUUCCCAUUUCCCCUUCCACAGAGCUCUCAGGAAAAACUGCAUCUGUUUUUGCAAACGGAAUUAGAAGAAUGCAAAGAAUUUUACGGUUUUCACAGAAACACAUGAACUAGGGGAAAGGAUCAAAGGCCACAAGGGACGCUUUUUUGUAUUUCCACUCAAACUAACACAAUGUGGCAAGAAACUACCGGUGGUUUUGGGAAGCAUUGAAAAUACUGUUAAUCUCAAAGACAGGAUUCAUAAGAACGGUUUACUUACUUUUUAUAAAAUACCAAUUAGUAUUUUUAAUUGCCUUGCAUUUUUUUAGCGCUCUCAUUUACCUUGUUCAAAUUCUAAAGUUUUUUUUUUUUUCCAGGAGUCUGAAAUUCUACAAAAAGAAUCUACAUGUAAAGCAGACAUUGUUAGUAACAAUCCAGAAUGUGAUGCCUAAACCAAACAAGAAGUCAGAACACAGUUAUCAGGAGUGUUUCAAUACCACCUCUAUAGCAAAAGUUACUUACAGGCUUACUUACCUACUUAAAACUAUGAAAUAAUGCUCAUAUUAUAGUAGGACAGUGUGCACUGUCUUAUGGAACACAAAACAGACAUUGGGUUAUUUAUUUUAAUAACACCAUGCUCUAUUUCUUACAGAUGGGUGGUGAGCUGAUAUUUUCUGAACACAUUAAAUAUCGCUAACAGCAGAAGACCAUGACACCACACCUACAGGAAGACUUGUUAGCAACGUGCUGAGAAGCCAAGCAUUAAUAAGCUGACAUAGAAACAUUUACGCUAUUCAGCUACAUAGGCAGACCUCUACCAGGUGAGGAUAGGGGAAUAUGAUACUUUAUUACACAGUGAUAAGACACGUUCUUACUGCUGCCUAGCCUCUUUAAAUAUGCAGUUGAGUCUGCAGGCUCACUUUCACUAGUACAAAAGUGUCGGAA